AUGGAGUUGACAAAAUUACAAGUGGCUCAUUGGAAGCCAGAAGCCUUUUCAAAGUUGUCUCAACUUAGUCUUCUCCAUAUUCGUAAUGUGGACCUUCCCAAAGGCCUCACUUGCCUUUCUAAUUCCUUGAGACUCCUCGAAUGGACUGGGUGUCCCUUAAGAUCUCUCCCAAAAAAAUUUAAAGCACAUGAACUUAUUGAACUUAACUUGUGCCACAGCAACAUUAAAAAGCUAUGGAAGGGAACAAAGAAUUUUGACAAGUUGAAGUUCAUCAAACUCUGCCAUUCUAAAAAAAUUGUGGAGAGCCCCGACCUCGCAGGUGUUCAGAAUCUUGAGACUUUAGAUCUUGAAGGAUGUUCUCAUUUGGUAAGAAUCCAUCAAUCCCUUGGAUUUCUCAAAAAGCUUAUUGUCCUGAAUCUUAAAGACUGCAAAAGUCUCGAGAGUCUGCCAAGUAGAAUUGAAAUGGAAUCUCUUGAAACAUUAAUUCUUUCUAACUGCUCAAAAGUUAAGAAGAUUCCCGAGUUUGUUGGAAAUAUGGAACGUUUGUUGGUGCUUUGUCUCGAUGAGACUGCCAUUGAGGAACUGCCUGUUUCAAUUGAACAGCUGACUGGCCUUGUGUCAUUGAAUGUAAGCAACUGCAGAAAACUUGUUUGUCUUCCAAGCACCGUCAAUAAAUUGAAGUCUGUUGAAAAUCUUAAUCUUUCUGGAUGCUUGAAACUCGGCAAGCAUCAGUUAAAUAUGGAGGAGAUGGACUGUUUUGAGGAAACUGAUGUGAAGAGUGGGUAUGCAAUAGAAAUGUCAUCUACCCUUGAUCGCAUAAAACAUGUGAGAGGUUUAAUCUUUCAUCGAUGCAAAGUAGUUAGGGGAUCUUUAAAUAAGUUUUUGCCUUCUGGAUUGGUGCAAAAAGUGAAUACACAGCCAAUGAGUUUCUGCUUGCCUAUAUCUCAAAAUGGGAAUACAGAGCCAACGAGUUUCGGCUUGCCUAUAUCUCAAAAAGUGAAUACAGAGCCGACGAGUUUCCGCUUGCCUAUUUCUGGUCUGUGUAAUUUAACGUAUCUGAACCUGAGUAAUUGCAAUCUUGGUGAAGGAGCAUUUGCCAACAAAUUCGGUUACUUUCCCUCUUUGGUGACCUUGAAUCUAAGUGGAAACAAUUUUGUUCACUUUCCUGCAGGCAUUCGAUUGCUUUCUAAACUUGAGAACUUUAACUUGGAGAAUUGUAAGAGACUUAAAGAGUUGUCAGACCUUCCAUCAAAUAGUAGACUAGAUUUAAGGGCAGAUGGUUGUACUUCACUGAAAUACUUGUUUGAUGCAUCAAAUUUGAACAGAUUAAAUAGAUCAUAUUUCAAUUUCAUCAAUUGCUUCAAUCUAAAUGGCAAUGAAGGAUGCAAUAACAUAGCAUUUGAAAUGCUGAGGACAUUCAUGUAUCAGGGAAUCUCUAAUAAGAGGGAAACUUUUCAAAUUGUAAUUCCUGGAAGUAAUAUUCCUGAGUGGUUCAGCCAUCAGAGUGUUGGGUGUUCAUUAAGUGUAUCUCUACCUGUGCAUUGGAAUAACAGUCAGUUUUUGGGAUUUGCUUUGUGUGCUGUUUUUGUACUCCAUGAGCACCAUCCAGUGGAUGAGCUUUAUACAGAUGAAUUCAAGACUUUUAAUGCAACACAUCAUCUUGUAUGUUGCCUGAAGCUCAAUGGAAGAGAAUUGGAAGUAUAUGGCAGACAGCCUGCAUUUCGCUUUAGUGAAGAAUUUUGCCAGGUUAAAUCAGAUCACCUGUGGCUAUUCUAUGUAUCUCGUGAUAAAUACUUUGGUACAGAGUGGUGGCAUAACAGUUGCAGUCAGCUUGAGUUCUUAUUUGAAACCAGAGGGCCGGGUCUGAAGGUGAAGGAGUGUGGAGUCCGUCUGAUAUAUGAGCAAGAAGUGCAAGAGUUGAACCAAACAACCACUCAAUCAAGCAGUAGGAUGUCUCAAGAGGAUAUAUUGGUUGGCACUGGUAGCAGAACUUGCACGCUUGAAGAAUUGUAGGACUGGCAGAAAUAUAGGGGAUCCACCACUGGCCACUCUGAAAGACCACAAUUAAGGACUUUCUGAUCCCAUGGCUCGAAAUGAGUUGCAAAUCAUGAAUGGACAAUGCCUCCUCUUCUCUCAUUUGAAUUUCUGCAGAAAUUACUUUCUGGAGCUCUCUUGCCUUCAUCUUUUACAGUAAGCGACACUGCUAGCUGGGGAUAGAUCUGUAGCUGGGUUGAUAUUCAUUCUGGCAUCAGAUGGCAUCAGAUUAAUCUUGCACCCAUCUUGGAAACGUUUGCACUGGGCUGAACAUACAUACAGAGAAAUGUGUGUUGGCAAUUUUCGAGGUUGAUUCAAACCAGGACUUUUAGGGUGAAGGCUCUUGAAUGUAGUCCUCCGGAGCAACAUUCUCUGCCAGGCUGCAUUCUCCUCCAGAACAGUGCUCUCCUCAAGAGCAGCAACAAAUUGACUCGGAUCUCUUUUUUAAGCUGGAUGUGUUCUUGAGGCUGCGUGAAUUACUUGGUGUGUGUGUGGUACAAGAAGUAAAUUGAAUGCAUGGUAUGCAAUCAGUUUAAGGGAGGAAUUGUUGGAGCUGUUAGGGUUUCAACUUAUUAUUUUAGAGUUAUUUCAUUUAAAGUUCAGUUAAUAAUCUCUAUUAUUUGGGGACAUGCAAGUAGGGUUUGACUAUUUCCUUAACCAUAUACCACAUCUGUAGGUUGUGUUAAACUUGGGUUGUUUGUUUCGAUUUAAUCUUCUUGUAAGGCUGAUUUAAGCCAACAGUUUGUUUUGAAUUCAGUAAGAUUCAUUCU